AUGUUUAAGUACCGUGAUCUUAUAGGGCACUGCGCUGUUACCGUUAAAAUCGACUACUGUAUAGAUAAGCAGAGUUUUCAUUUGAGGAAUUAUUUGUUACGUCGAAAGAAGGAGAUCGUCGAAAUUAUUAAUAAACAAAACGAUAAGGACGAACCGAUAGAAUUAAAAACAUUACGAAAACUUUAUGACGAUGUACAAAAUGAAUUGAUAUCUAUCGAAGAAGAUUGCAAUAAAUUUUGGGUAGAAAUGAAAUUAGAUUUAUUAUUAGAAAAUAAAUCGAAAUCCGAACCAUUGUCGGAUAAAUUUUCAAAAAAUAUCAAUGGAGAAUUAAUAAAAAACGAAGGAUGGUCUACUGUUCUUGAUAUUAAUGGUAAUCAACUUAGAUCUAAAUGGUAUUUUGUUGUGUCACCGCAAAUAGAAAAAUUAUUGAAGAAACGACGGAUAUAUUCCCUUCAUUUGGAUCCAUUAAGGGUUUAUAAUUUUCUAUUAUCCAUACCUAAAUGUGGAAUACAUUUUGAAUUGUCGAAGAAAGAUCUGUUUUCUUUAUUGCAAAAUGUUGACGAGGAAGGACCUUGGUUGACAAGUUGGAAACCACAAUUAAAAACUGUCGACAAAGAGAAAAUAGCCGCCAUUUUGAUUCAGUCUUGUUGGCGUGGUUAUUUGCUUCGUAAACAAUUAAAGGAAUCAUAUCGUCUUUAUAUAGCAGCUAGCGUAUUAUGGUACAAAUGGUUAUCGAUUAGAAACAAACGUAAGGUGCAAACUACAUAUUUGGAAAAGAUGUUAUCAUCGUUGAAAGUAGUUCGAAAACUUAAUGAAAAAUUUAUGGACGAAUUUAACGAUUUAAUAAGACAACCACACGUAAUUAUUCAUUUACCAUCGAUUGGUUAUCCCGUUGAUAUUCGUCGAACGUUUACUCCACAAAUGCUUGCUAUUUAUCAACAUACAAUGAGUUUGAGAUUAUCCUUUUUACGUAAUCCAAUGUCUGAAAUGAUUUAUAUUUUACCUAUUGAAGUUACACAAGAUUUUCUAUCUAUGUACGUUGACAUAAUCGAUUCAGUAAUUUCACAAGAACGUACAGGGAAUCGUAUAACAUUUCUUCCCCUUUCACAAGCUAAAACACUUGAACGUACUCACAUGAACGUAUCCAGGAUUUUACAUUGUUCAGAGGAUACUUUGGUUGCUAUUAGAAAUAAAAUCAAUGGAAAAUCAGCAUACAUUUUACCAUGGAUUAUCGAUGAAUGUGAUGUUAGAAUAUCGGACAAUUUAGGUGUACCAUUGUUAGGACCGGAUAUGUUAUUGCAACAAAAAUUAUUAAAUCUAUCAAGAAUGUGUGAGAUAAUAGAUGAUCUUGGUUUGCCACAGCCAGCACAUUCUAAAGAUAUACGAGAAUAUUCGACGCUUUGUUCCAAACUAGCCGAAUUAAUCCUAUUAAACACCGAUAUUUGUUUAUGGUUGAUCAAAGUGAAUUUUGGUUUACAGACUAAGCACUGUGGUAUAUUUUUGAUCAAUCACAUUAGUAUACCAUUCAUGCCUGCGAUUAGGGAAACAAGAAAACGUUAUGGCAACGAAUGGUUAACUAAUUCUCAUGUACGUGAAGAUUAUUUAAAUGCAUUGUUAAUUCAUUUAACAAAAGUCCUUUCCAUUGUAACAUAUUUUAACGAUGUUUAUUAUCGUUCCUGGAAAGAUUUUUACGAUCACGUACAAAAAUUUGGAUGUUUGUUACAAGCUGUACCAAAGGAAAAAAAAUCAAGUAUUAUUACUUUGUCAUAUUUUGUUCCAAAUAAGAACACCAUGAAACCGGUCAAAUUGAUUGGUACUUCGAAUAAAAUACCAUUAGAUGUUAGCUUUUCAUCGUUUGCUUAUAUGUUACCACAAACUUCGAUAAAUAUAGAGAUUUUAAAUCCAAGUGUAAAUAAAGUUGCAUAUAAAUUGCAACAACUUGGAUAUUUUGGAUAUUUAACAGUAGAUUGUUAUUGUUAUUUUGAUAAUCAUGAUGAAAACAUGAACGUUUUAUUACUCGAUGUAAAUCCUUAUUAUUCUCAUUUACAACAAUACAUUGAUUGGAUGAAAUUUGUUAUCGAUGGUGGUUACAAUUCAACGACAGAUACAUUUAAUGCUAAUGUCGUUACGCAACAAUAUUAUAAAAAAAGAAUUACAAAUACGUCAAUAAACGAUACGGAAUGGGAUGAAAUUACUGAAAGAACUGCAAUAAUAAUCUGUGAUUUGUAUCAUGAAAAUUUACCUAAUUAUACUUGGGCUAAAUUAAAAAUUCUUAUGGAAGAUAUUGGAACGUGUAAUAUUUUAAAAAAAUUAUCUCAAGCUUUAUCAACCAAAAGAAAAUCCAAAACGAAUAUGUCUAACAUUGUUGAAUUUUUUGAAAAAUUUGCAUUAAAUUAUCACGAUUUAUCUCGUGAUCCGUGCAAGUAA